AUGCUUUCUCAGGAAACUGAUUUGGUUACAUAUUUAUUGGCGGAUAAUCGUAAACUUCGACAGCUUUAUUUAACUGAACAAAAAAAGGCACUAACUGAACGGAAACGACGAAUUAUAGCGGAGGCAAGACUUGCUGCUCUUCUUAGCAAAGAAGUUAUUAAAAAGAGGGAGCGAAAUUCGUCACACAGUUCACGUCAGGAUCGUAAUUUGUUUAUUGCCAACGAAGCACACAAAGAUUUACUCGGAAACGGCAGGAACCCUAAUUCCAUUGGUUCUUCUCAUGAAGAUCAAAUUGCUUUGUUAGGUAUGAACAAUAUCAGAGGAUAUCAAAAAAACAUUUCUACCUCGGAAAGUCCUGUCGAGUGUACGGCCAGUUCAAUUCGUAGUAUGCUUGAUGUAAAUAUUCCUGAAAGCUGUGGUAAAGCCAAUUUACCGCAUACCACUUUUCCUGAUAAGCAGUCCACUGAUUCAUUUAACGAUAAAGCAAACAGUGCGCAAUGCUCUUUGAAAUUACCACAAAACAAUUUCGAGAAGCAAGAAUCAGCAAAACUGAGUAAAUUUUGGUUAUUUAUUGACAGAAAUGGAGAGACGAAAUCAUCGAUACCUCCACCACUUAAUCAGAUACAACAAAAACGAAAAGAAGCAUUCAUAAGGCGAAGUACUGAGCGUCAAAUUCUUAUUCGAGAAGCAUCAGUAUGCCGUAAAGAACUUGCAGCUGCAAAACGUAAAGUUGCAAAACAGUUACUGGCUGGGCAUACGGUAAAUCAAAAUGCUGUCAAAGUGCUUGGUUUAAUGGAUCGAGAUAUUUGCGCAUUUCCACCUCAAACAAUGAAGCACGAAACUGUCAGACGCGUUCGUAAAACGAGAGAAUUUCAAGAGAAAAAAAAGCAACGACGCGAAGAGUAUGAUGCGCAUAUUAAUCGUCUGCUAGCAUAUUGCUACAGUCAGGUGCCUUAUAAAUUUUACCAGAAAUACUAA